GCGCGCGGUCAGUGAGGCACCGGCAGGCGUGCGCUAUGGAGCCUCGAGCGACGUACCUCCUCCUGUUGGUGACGUGCUGCUGCACUUCAGCAACGUGGCUCGGAGGAUCUUUCUCAGGCGCAGGAUUCCUAAGGAAUCAUCAACAUUACCUGCAAGACCGUCCAUAUGAAUCGUUUCGAGCGACGGAAGCUCCGCGAUCUCGAGGAGAUGAAGGUUCCAGCGCGCCGUCUAACCACGAUGUCAGCAUCGGUGGUCUGAGUUUCAUGUUGCCUCGAACUACGAAGCCUCCUCAGGAUGUUUAUUCCGCAUCUCAGCUUUCUAGAUCCAAUCUUCCACAUCUACAACUUAAUGGUAAUAUGCCCCGGCUGCCAGGCUUCAAUCCUGAAUAUUCUCGUCCGUACGGACCCGUUCCUCCUGAAUAUCGGCCCUCAGGCUUCAAGGCUUCACAUUCUCGACCUACUGAAACAAUUCAUCCCAGCAAUCAUCGUUCUGGGGGUAUUGCACCAGGGCUGCUCUCUCAUCGUCAAGACGAUGAUUCCUAUGAUCCAAACGAUUAUUUCCAAUCAAUAGGGCCAGAUGAUACAGAUUUCGCGGCUUUCUACCCUCUUUUCCAAGACCCUAACUUUAUUGAGAGUUUAGAUUCUUUUGACCCUGGAGCUGUUGAUUCUUCCAUAGAUACUUACAACGAUAAUAACUUUGUCACAAAUUUUCAUCAAAUUGAUGUUCAGAGCUUUUUACCUGAGAAUUUUCUCAUGAAUGUAUCUUCUGGAAAACAUUUGCAGUGUUUCCUUUCUCCCACGGAUGAAACGAUAAGUUUAGGGUCUUCGCUUCUUCCUGCAGAUCUCAUUCAAAAAAUUUCCAGUUUCAACUUUGAAGAAACAGGCGAUGAAAUGGAUAAUUUUAACAACGUAUUGCGCGUUGUCAAAGAAUUACCGGAAAUUAAUUUAAGAGACUUGCUAGAAGAUCAGGUAGAGACUGCUGAUGGAGUAGAUUCUGGACUCACAGAUUCCCUCACUGAACUUCAUCGUAGGAAGCGCUCUCCUUCGCCGGGUCGAGGCAGUUCUAGCAGAUCCAGCAGCAGGAGCAGCAGUCGGAGCAGCAGCCGAAGAACAACCACCAGUAGCAGCAGUGGUUCUGGCUCUCGAUGGACUUGGGGAGGAGGGUCAUCAAGUACCAGUUCCACAAGAACAAGCAGUACUAGGAACAGUCCAAGUAGUUCUUCUUCUGGAAAUACGCAAAGGGUGGCUGUCGGUACAGCUGUUGUAGGAGGCACAGCUGCUGGUGUUGCAAUUGCUGGUACAGGGUCGAACACAAAGCCAUCCGCACCACCUUUCCCAAGCUCUGGGAUAACAGCUUCUGCGCCCUAUCCGACAGCAGGUCGCCCUUCAUCAAGUGGCACGUACCCCACGGCUUCAGCACCCUACCCAACUUCUAGUGGAACUUACCCUACAGCUUCCGCGCCUUAUCCAACAGGAAAUAGACCAACUGCUGGUUCACCUUAUCCUACCGCAUCAGCUCCAUACCCUACCGCUUCAGCUCCCUAUCCAACCGCAUCAGCUCCAUAUCCAACCGCAUCAGCUCCAUAUCCUACAGCUUCAGCUCCCUAUCCAACCGCUUCAGCUCCAUACCCCACCGCUUCAGCUCCCUAUCCUACUGCUUCAGCUCCCUAUCCUACAGGGGGGAGGGUAAACGCUCCUGGUACUUACCCUACCGCCUCCGCUCCCUACCCAACCGCGUCUGCUCCUUACCCUACAGCAAAUGCACCUUAUCCUUCUGCCUCUUAUCCUGUUGGACGACCAUCUACUGGCUAUCCUUACCCUUCUGCACCCUAUCCAAGCGGAGGAUCUUCCUACCCCGUCCGACCUUAUCCAAGUGCUCCCUAUCCUCCUGGAGGUGCUUCCUAUCCUGGAGGAUCUUCGUAUCCUGGAGGAUCUUCAUAUCCUGGUAGUCGACCGUCAUAUCCAGGGGCAAGCAACUAUCCUGGAGGAUCGUCGUAUCCUGGCAGUCGACCGUCAUAUCCCAGCAGCGGUGGAUAUUAUCCUGGUACAAACUAUGGAGCUGCGACUUACCCUAAACCCAAGAAAACCAAUACACAAAAGGUUAAGCAGGCUGUGACGGCUGCCAUUGCAGGAUAUGCUGCACACAAAGCUGCAAAGAAGGCGAAGAAAGGUUUUUUCUCGCCUUCGAUCUUCUCCCGCCAUCGUAGUAGUUAUUACGGAGGAUACGGUGGGUAUGGUGGAGGAUAUGGAGGGUACGGUGGAUAUGGCGGCUACGGCCACAGUUCCAUGUCAGGACUAGGCACUGCAGCAGCCAUACACACUGGAGGGAAAGUUGCAAAGAAGAUAUUAGGCGCUUAUGUAAAGAUCCAAAUAGCCAAGUACGCUAUGAAGUUUGGCCUCGGAGCAGCCAAAAUCUACUUCAGCCAUAAACUAGGCUACGAACUCCGGGAAGAGACCAUCGAAAAGUUCAUGCGUCAGUAUCAGCAUAGGACACAGCGACGGCAUGCUGCAUUCAGCUCUCACUAUGGCAGUUCCAACCUCGACCUACGCAACUUGAACGUAACUGCCGGCAGCGAUUGUGCUAGAGUGUGCCGCACCAACGACACCAAACUCUGCUUGUUCAACUUCAGAGUCCAUCUCUACCAGACUCUUUCCAGGGCUUGCUAUGAUUGUCCUCGCAACCUGACGGACUGCCUUCGUCCGGAGUGCGUCGUGGGCGCAGGGCAACGCCGUCUCCUGACGGUGGUCAACAGACAACUGCCUGGCCCCGCCAUCGAGGUAUGUCACGGCGACCGGGUGCUGGUGGAGGUGCAGAACGCGCUGCCGGCGUCAGGAGUGACGCUGCACUGGCACGGCCUCACCAUGGACGGGGACCAAUACAUGGACGGCGUGAGCGGCGUGACGCAGUGCACGCUCAGGCCUCGGGACAAGUUCAUGUAUUCCUUCAAAGCCAACUUCCCGGGCACACAUUUCUGGCAUGGACAAGAAGGACUUCAACGAGGAGACGGAUUAUUUGGCCCUCUAAUCGUCCGCAAGCCUGACGAUGAAAUUCCUAACAAACUUUUCUAUGAUCACGACCUCAGUGCCCACGUGCUCACGAUGAGUGACUUGGCUGCCCACAGCACAGAGUCUGUGUACGCUGAGAGGUUCAUGAAUGGAGAGAACACGCCUGCCACCACCUUACUCAUCAAUGGCCAGCGGUACCGCGUGCGUCUUAUCAACGCGGCGUCCCUGAACUGCCCCCUGAGGGUGGUCGCCCCCCGCGGCCACAACUUCACCGUCAUCGCCGCUGACGGCUCCAGCGUCUCGGCCUUCUACACGCACUCACUUGUUGUCUACAACGGUGAGCGCUGGGACGUGGUGCUGGUAGCCGACCAGACGCCGGGCCUGUACUGGUUAACCGUGCUGGGGGAAGGAGAAUGCGACGGACAAUCACAGAGCGUCAUUCUCUCCUACAAAUCUUCAGUGCCAGAUCCUUUGGUCGAGGGUGCCAAUGCCACCAAUUCUACUUCGAAGGAUCCACCGGCUCCUCCCGCAGAUAUGGAAUCUGCUAAGGAGAGCAUUGACGUUCCUACGGACGACAUUAUAACAUCCGAUGAUUCUGCGCUGCGUGCCAACACUCACUCUGAAGACUGCAGCAGCGUGAACAUCACAUGCGUCCACGAGAUGCAAUCUAUUCUGUACGCGCCGCUGCCUGGCCACCUCAUGGAGCCGUGGGUGGAGGACACGUUGUUCCUGGCCUUCGGUGCCUUGCCUGUCUACAACAGCCACUUCUACACUCUGCCCGGCCACCUCAUGGAGCCGUGGGUGGAGGACACGUUCUUCCUGGCCUUCGGUGCCUUGCCUGUGUACAACAGCCACUUCUACAGCCUGCUCUACUACGGUCCUGACUUUAUGCCCCCCAAGAAGCGCUCUCGCACGCCCCAAGUAAACAACUUGAGUUUGAAGUUGCCGGCCAAGCCGCUGCUGAUGGACCAGUCGCCGCUGAGGCGGGAGUCGUGUUCGGCGGACGGCGUGCGUCGUAAGCACUGCGUCGGCGACUACUGCGAGUGUCUCCACAUCCACCAAGUGCAAGUCAAUGACGUUGUCGAGCUCGUCCUUAUUAACGAAGGCCUGGCCAACGAAACUCUGCCCCAGCCUUUCCACCUUCACGGUCACCGCUUCUGGGUGCUGGGGCAGGCGAUCUACAACAGCUCCGUCGCCAACAUCACGCAGCCUCGUAGCGACGUGACCAACACCACCACAGACACCACAAUCACAGACACCACAUCCACGACUCCUGAGGCUCCCAGCAACGAAACUGACACGAGUCUACCCAUGCCCUCAGACGCAGACGGCUUCACGCGCUUGCAUGCACUCAACAUGUUUAAAAAUGACCUCCUCGUCAGGAACUUCUGGCACCCCAUCAUGAAGGAUACGAUCAUGAUUCCUCCGGGAGGCUACACCAUCGUACGCUUCCAAGCUCAUAAUAAAGGUUUCUGGCUGGGAGAAAGUCAGGUGCUCCUACAGGCGGCCGUGGGGCAAGCAUUCGUCCUGCAGGUCGGCAACGCAACAGACAUGCCUAAGCCUCCUCUCGGCUUCCCGUCCUGCUGAUUUGAUAUUCGUUCUUAUUACCUGUUUAGUUUAAUAUACGAUAGAAGAUGAACAAGUAAUGACCUGUUCUAUAAGUCAUAGUUUAAUAAUGAAAACCUCGAUGGUUGCUACGUUGAAAGAAGCUUAAUUACCGAAGUCAUUUUAUAGAAUUUUCCGCCCUGGUGAUUCAUCAAAGAGCGAAUUAAUAAAAAAUGGUUAUCUUGGUUUUCUAGGCCACUACGCCGACCAAUAUAACUCCAUGUGCAUGCCACUUUUAUAUUAGUUGAAUUUAAUUUUGUGAAGAAUAUUGAUGUAAUUUUAAGAAUUUUCUAAAGAUAAAGUAGUUAACAUGCGAAGUUUUUUAUCAUAUGAAAUAUCUGUUAAUGAUUCACGCUUCAUUUUUUUAGUUUCUUACUAUUUUUUACUGAUCGAUUGCUUCGGGUGAUUGACAUUUCUCUGGUGACAUUUACUCUCGAAUGAUAGAUGUUCAAUUGUUUUAAGAUCAUCACUGCAUUUCAUCAUACAUACCAUAAUUUGUUUUAGAUAUGAAGGUUAUUUGCUGAACACAUUUAGCUGGUAUAGUCUAUUAGCUUUUGUGGUACAUUCUAUAAAACUUUAAAGAAAAAUCCUACCCUUAUCAUUCAUUACAGUCGAAAUAUUGUACUCGAAUCAAAGCAUUUUUCACGUAAUUUAGAGAAACAAUAAUCUACAGCGAUCAUAUUCCUCAAGGAUUACUCGAGGGCUGUGGUGCGCGACACCUCCGUGCUCGUCAGGCACACUAUAUUUUGGAAGAUUCAUUACUUUUGGAAGGAGAAAAAAUGCGAACGAACAUGUCAAGAACCGCACCAAUCACUCAAUUGCAUACAAAUAAAUUAUGACAUUUUUUUCGGGGACUUCUUAAGACAAAUGAACGUGUCUUGCGCCAUUUGAGUGCGUGGGAACAUGGAAGAACAACAGUAUAAAAUAGUGUCCUAAUAACAUGGAUUUAAAUAAUAAAUAAAAAAACUACACUAAACAUCAA